AUGGGCAAGAAGAAGUCGAAGACAAAGAGGAUCGCCGACAUGGCGUGGUGCUGGUACUGCGACCGCAACUUUGAGGACCAGCGUGUCUUGCUGAGCCACCAGAAGGCGAAGCACUUCCGCUGCCCGCAGUGUCCGAGGCGGCUCAACACGGCCGGUGGUUUGGCGGUUCACUUGGACCAGGUGCAUAAGAUGGGAACAGACAGGAUCGAAAACGCCCUUCCUGGCCGCGACUCGUUCGACAUCGAGAUCUACGGCAUGGAGGGUGUCCCGUCGGCGGAUCUCGCAGCGUGGAAGCGACGCAUGGCGGAGGAGCUCGGCUUGCCCAACCCCGACGAGAUGCGACCGAAGAAGCCGCGCUUCCCUCAGGUCGCGCUCACACCUGCCGAAGCUCGCGCCCAGCUCGCAGCACAUCGCGCCCUGAUGGGCCUCGACAUUCCUGCUCCCGCUGCGCCACCUGUCGCCAAUAUCCCUCCUCCCGCACCGAUGGCAGCUCCUCCCGCGCCAAACGGCAUGCCCUUCCCUCCUCCUCCGCCUGGCUUCCAACCGCCGCCCGGUAUCGCGCCUCCUCCUGCAGGCCUGCCUUUCCCUCCUCCCGGCUUCCCUCUUCCUCUCCCGCCUGGCAUGUCUCUUCCGCCCGGCAUUCCUCCUCCCCCCGGACUCCCCCUCCCUCCUCCUGGUAUUCCUCUGCCGCCCGGUCUCGCCGGCAAGUUCCCUCCUCCCAUCCCAGGCAUGCCCCUCCCUCCCGGCUUCCCCGCUCCUCCUCCCGGCUUCCCUCUCCCGCCGCCCGGUAUCGCGCCGCCUCCCAAUGCACCGCGGGGACCUGCCGCGGAGCGCGCGCAGGAGGUGGUCAGGGAGAAAGUGCCGAGCUCGGCCGUGACGCUCAAGCCCGGAACGGUGCUCGUAUAUGGAGACCAGGAGACUUCGCCCGAGGAGAAGCGCGCCCGUCUCGCUCAGUACUGCGUCGAGGACGAGCCUCAGAUGGCUGCUGCGCCCGCGACUGCAGGCGGCGCAUCCGCUACCGGCCCGAUGAGCAGCGAAGCAGUCGGUAACGUUGCCUCGGCUGCGACGGAAGGCGCACCCGGCAGCGUCGUCGUCGGAGAUGCUGCCGCGCCGUCCGAGGCGAAGGACGCGAGCGGCCCGCAGCCGAUGGACGCGGAAGGAGGCGGAGGAGACCCUGUCACGGGUGGUGUGGCAACUGGCAGUGCGGUCGGCUCUGCGGCGAUGGACGGUGGUGCGCCUGGCGGAGGGAGGAAGCGAGCGAGGGCGGCGGACUUGAUGGAGACGUGA